AUGGAAGAGCAUAAAAAAUAUUUCGAUAUGCCUCUUAUUAUUGGGCGAAGAAUAUGAAAACCCCCCUCCACAUCAGAAUCUUCCAAAAAGUUAGCAUUAGACCCCGUCAACUGUUGAAAUCUCCCGAGAGGUGAAGGUCGAAAAAUCCCAGGCGUCAUUAAAAGAAUUAGAGCAAAACAAUUUAGAAUUAAAAGGAAAGAAGAUUUUUCCAAAACUUCUCGUUCACACAACGCAACCCCAGAAUCUUUAUCGAACCCUUUUGAAUUUGAUAAAAAAUUAACUCAUAUACAAGAACAACUAAAAAGUAUUGAUAAGAUAAACACGCAAGCCUGCUCAAAAAAUAACUAUAUGUCAUUGUUAAAUGAAGAUCGGCCUUUAAUAAUUGAUACUUUUAAUGAUUGGCAAUCUCAAAAACCAAAAAACACAAAAAAAUCGUUAAUAUUAGAAGAUAGGCCAUUGUCAAUAAAUACGAACCAUGGUUGGGUUUCGGAGAAAUCUCAGCCUAAAGAGCAAAUUACACCAAGUUUUCAAUCAAAAAAGGUUGAAAUGAUAUUUGAAAGCACAGGAGGGAGUGAUGACAUUUUAAAUGAAGAAGCACAAACUGUGCCUACUGAAAUGUCAUUUUCAGAUGUAGACAUUGAAAAUAGCUGAAAUUUUUCUCCAAAUUAUCAAAUUGAAAAUCUAGGAGCGUGGCUGAAUAAAAAUCAAAAAAAUCUUGAUAUGCCUAGAAUAAUUAGCUCAAAAUCACUUACCCCUUUUUGGUUAAGCAGUAAAAAAUUCUUGGUCACUGGAGAUAUUUUUUCUUUUUUUUUAAAAAUUGAAUAAAAGUUUAUUUUAAGAUGUAAGCAGACUUAAAUUUUAUUAAAUAAGCAGAGAUGCCAUUAUUAAUUAUCACUAAAUACAUAUCAAAUUUGUUAUUUGUAUAAAAUUUUUAUACUGAACGGAGGAUUAAUUUUUAAAAGAACUUAGCCAAGAGGGAGUUAAAAGCUCGACUAUGAAUGAAAAUAAUAAAAGCAAAAUCCUAGAUCCUAUGAAUUGUUGGAAUAUUCCUAAAGAUGAUGAAAGAAAAAUGCCAGGCGGAAUCAAGAGAAUCUUAGCUUUACUUAAUUAAGAUUAUAAAGAGAAGCUCCCGUAUACACGAAGUGUUUUCUCCAAUUGUCUAGCUUGACUGCCUGCGUCUACCUAUCGGCUACCACUCAUCCGGAAUAAGAGCUCGCACUCAAACUCUGUGUGUAGUGGGUUGUGCCACCGUGUCUGCAUAGUUCAUGGCUUACCCCUUCCAGAUCAUUCGAAAAACAAAUUUCUGGUCAGACUGCUGUCCAAGAUCUGCUUGAAGCUUAGGUCAUAAUCCCACUAUUGGGCUUGAAAAUUGCCCGAUUGGUCCUUAGGACUCUGCUGGUCUUUCCCUUUAUAGUUUCGACUGACUAUCUUCCCCAAAGGUAAAAACUUGACCUGCAUAUGAGUAUGAGAUCGUUAUCCGUCAUAGCGCCCCAUCAAGUCAAAUAAAGCCUGGCCUGAUACACAUUAUGAGACGCCAUUAUCCCUUCCAUAAAAUCCGGCUGCAGGUAUUAGGAGGAAAAGCUGGUUUGCCACGCCAUUUUAAUGCAUUUGGGAAUUAAGAAAAUCAGGGCUAGACAAUUUAGACUGAAACGCAAAGAAGAUGACUGCUUAACCUGCAGAUCAUAUACUCCAGUUUUAGACCCAAAUCCGGCUCCAAUGAGAGUGGUGAAUUAUGGGGACAGGCAUUUUAUGAGAUAAGUAGGGUAACCCUUUCAGAAACUGCAUUACUUUAGGAAAAUAAAAACUAACAUGCUUGAUGGUUUAGUAAAUUAAUUUUUGGAAUUUUCCAUUCAACUUAACAGUAAUUUUUUUGAAAAAACACCUCACCUUAAUAAACUAUGUAAAUACGACCUCUGUAAAUUAGUAUAGGUAGAUACUGUCUAAUGAACGCUUACAAAAUACCAUUUUAAAUUGUUAUGGUAUUACCUUUUUAAAAACUGUGAUGGUUUAGACUGUGUUUUUAAAUAAACAGGUACAAUCGAAUAAUACGAAUUAAGGGCACUAGCAUUAUGCAAAUAAACAUAGUGAACGCUUUGCUAAUUAUUUUUAAUUUUAACGAUCAACCCCACUGUUCAUUAAAAAAAAUUUAAAUUUCAGAAAACGCUUUUUGCUAGCACAGAUUUUGGCUCACGCAUAAUAUAAUUAAACGUGCAGAGUUUAACAUAAUUUAAACACAAGUUUCGCGCGACUUUAAUGUACUUCUUUGCAGACUUCUUAUUCUUAUAAACUGAAAAAAUUCCCUGAAUAGAUUAUAGGGAGGGGAAUUUUGUAAAUUACCUUCACAGGCAUUUAGCAAAUUACCAACGUCGGCCAUAAAACAUUUUUGACUGUAAGUGCCCUAAAAUAAUUACUUUUGUAAAUUAUAUGAUAUAUUUUAAUCGCAUUUUAAUUGAAUUUAACUAAUUUAGGUAUACUCCAGAUAAUCCAAAUUAGAUUAAAUUAGAAGUUUGAGGUCAUUAAUGCUUCAAUAAAGGCAGGAAUUCUACCCAAACCUUUAUGGGUUAAAAGAAAUUGAAAAUACAUUACGUAAUCGUCCAAAUCCUCUUCAUUGUUGGCCUUAAACCCAUUCGAAAAUGCUCUCAACUUCUUCAAUCUGCUCCACAAGUUUUCGAUAUGAUUAGUAGUCUCCCUCCCGCUGCCAAAUGAUCGAUUAUGAAAAACGACUCUAUGACGAAACCCAUCAUUUUCUAACUUAUUGUAUGCCUUUCAUCCAUCUGUUCACACUUCAGUUGGAUUGUCCUCAUCUGUCAUCACCGAUAAAUAAAUAAAAUUGCUAACUUCUAUAUUACUUGAAAUAUUCUAUAGUAAAAAUUCCUAAAUUUUUCAAAAUAUUUAUAUUCUAAUGCGAAAAGUAUUUAUUCUUUAAGAGGAAGUAAGUUCUUCAUAUUGCCUGUUGUUUGAGCAAUAAAAAAUCCUGAAUCUUUCCGUCCCCCUAUCAAAAAUACCGAAAGCCCACCUAGUCUCUCUCCUUGUCAAUUGAUAAUUUUGGUUUCAUCCAUCUCUACACAUGGAUGAACCCGUCCAGGCUCAUUUACUAUUCCCAAUGGCUCAUCUUCUAUAUAGGACUUAAGUACAAGCUUUGCAAUAUGUGCUCGCAAGUGCUUUAGAAGCUUUGAUAUUGCCUUUGGCGUAACUUCAACAUCUUGAGCUAUCUGCACCAUGGUGUGCUCUCUUGCUACAUGGUAGAAAAUAAUCCUGACAAUUUUUGCAAUUGGAAGUCUUGACAGUCGGAAAUAUGGACGAGCGCCUUGGUGAUAAGCUUAUCUGACAAAAAAUGGCAUCUUAAAAACUCAGCUUCUCUAUUUGGUGUUAAAUAAACACCACAUUCUCUAUUGCAAAGGUCGCAAUUUUUGCUUUUUAAUAGUCCCAUCUCUUGGCAUCAAUCGAUUGCGUCUCUUUCGGAAGAAGUAAUUGCGCUAAAGUUGCCAUAAAUUGAAUGAACAGCCGACAUUUUAAUAUAACCCGCGAAAUUACACAAAAAUAUGGACAAUUUAGUGUGCGUAACUUUCAUUUAUUAAAUUUAUAUGCCAUUUUAUUAAUAUUGCUUGCACUAAAUUAAAUGUAUAAUUUACAAAAGUAAUUAUUUUAGGGCACUUACAGUCAAAAAAAAUGUUUUAUGGCUGACGUUGGUAAUUUGCUAAAUGCCUGUGAAGGUAAUUUACAAAAUUCCCCUCCCUAUAAUCUAUCCAGGAAUUUUUUCAGUUUAUAAGAAUAAGAAGAGUGCAAAGAAGUACAUUAAAGUCGCGCGAAACUUGUGUUUAAAUUAUAUUAACUCUGCACGUUUAAUUAUAUUAUGCGUGAGCCAAAAUCUGUGCUAGCAAAAAGCGUUUUCUGAAAUUUAAAUUUUUUUUAAUGAACAGUGGGGUUGAUCGUUAAAAUAAAAAUAAUUAGCAAAGCGUUCACUAUGUUUAUUUGCAUAAUGCUAGUGCCCUUAAUUCGUAUUAUUCGAUUGUACCUGUUUAUUUAAAAACACAGUCUAACCAUCACAGUUUUUUAAAAGGUAAUACCAUAAACAGUUUUAAAAUGGUAUUUUGUAAGCGUUCAUUAGACAGUAUCUACCUAUACUAAUUUACAGAGGUCGUAUUUACAUAGUUUAUUAAGGUGAGGUGUUUUUUCAAAAAAAUUACUGUUAAGUUGAAUGGAAAAUUCCAAAAAUUAAUUUACUAAACCAUCAAGCAUGUUAGUUUUUAUUUUCCUAAAGUAAUGCAGUUUCUGAAAGGGUUACCCUACUUAUCUCACAAAAUGCCUGUCCCCAUAAUUCACCACUCUCACUGGAGCCCCCAAAUCCAUUUGAAUUUGAUAAAAAAAUCUUGCAAAUACAAAAGCAACUGGAAAAUAUUGAGAAAAUAAGCUCUGGGAUGCCGAUGGAUAAUAAACUCAAGAUGUUUAAUAAAGAAGAUCGGCUUUUACUUAACAAUAAAUGCUAUGACUGAAAGGUAAAAAGAGUUCAAAAUCUAAAGCGAGCAAGUGUUUCGGCAUCUACUGAAAACCGACCUUUGGCAAUUGACACUAGUGAUUGAAAAUGCCAAAAAUCAAACGCAAAACAGCCAAUUACACCAAGUUUCCAGUCCAAAAAAAUCGAAAUUAAAUUUGAAAGCACAGGUGGGAGCGAUGAUGUUUUCGCUGAAGAAGCCCAAACAGUCCCAACUGAGUUAUCAUUUUCUGAAGAAAACAUAGAAUUCAACUGAAAUUAG